AUGUUCAAAACUUUAUUUUUUGCUGUCCCUUUGAUUACUGUAUUAUUAUCGGCAACGCCAAUUACAGUAACCCUAGGUUAUGAGGAUCGUCUCGAGACCCUCGUGAGCCAGGUUUAUCCGGAAAUUACUACCUGGUUGAGCAAGGAUCAAAUUGGAAGUGUGAGUUUACAGUAAGCUGUUAAGGGCUUUAAUUUGACUCUAAAUAAAGCAUUGCUCAUGUUAAGAGUUUCAAUUUGACAGUAAAUAAGGUAUUGCUCAGGUUAAGAGCUUUAAUUUGACUCUAAAUAAAUCAUUGCUCAUGUUAAGCGCUUUAAUUUUAGCCAAUUUCAAAUAUUGUAUUGCUCAGAUUAAAUAAAAUCCUAAAUUUUUUAAAAAAAUAUUUUAGGAUUGCUCAGGUUUAGAAAAUAAUUUUGUAUAGAAAUUUGAUAUUGCUCAUGUUAAGAGAGCCUGACAAAUUUUUCAAAUCAAUUUUCGGCGGGAAAAUUUCGAAAAGUCAAAAAUUCGAAAUUUACAGUAAUCCUAGAGAUUUUGGCGCGUGAAAUUCCAGAAUUCUCAAAUUUCAAAUCAGACAUGUCGUUUUUGCUGAAUUCGGGCCCCUAAAGCCCGCUCAAUUUAUCACGGGCCCGGCUGGCCCGGCCUUAUGAAAAUUUAAAAGCGGCCGGGUUGGCCUCGCCCAAACAAUAUUUUUGAAUGGCCAAUUUCAGAAUUUUUUUUUGAUGUUUUCGAUGUUGGAUUGUAUUUAUAUGAGUGAAAAAUCAAAUUAGAAUGUGAUAUUUUGCUUAUAAAAAUAGAAAUAAGUAACAAAUCGAAAAAUAAAAUGCAAAAAUUUCAAAAUUCAAGUGAAUUCUCUUCCACACACAUAUUAUUUUACUAUUUUUACUCUUUACAAUGUUUGAAAUUCAUUAAAAAUUCCUUUUUGACCACGAAAAACUCAUUUUUUCAAUGAAAAAAAAUCGAAGAAAAAAAUAAGCGGGCCCCAAAAUCGGGCCAGCGAAAGCCGCGCAUGUUAAAAUCGGGCUUCGGCUGAAAAUAGCCCGAUUUUUUGUGUUUACUUCGGGCUCGGCCCGGCCGGCCCGGCCUGCAGCGACAUGUCUGUUCAAAUUUUCCGUGUACUUCUCGAUGACAACCAAUAUUUCCAGCUUUUCGAAGAACUUUUGGACGUUCUGAAAACCGCUCAUACUUUGGAGGAAAUCGCGCGGCAAAUGACGAAACCCAUAAUUUCGACACUUACACCUGCACAAAGGGAACAAGCCUGGAAAUCGAUUCAAAAAGCGCAAGAUGGGUGAGUUCAAGAUUCAGUAUAACCUGAGCAAUGCUAGCAUUGCUCAGGUUACAAAAAAGCCCAAUUUUCCAGCUUCGGCGGCCUUAAACAAUUCAAAAUCAUAUUCUUCCACGCUCUGGACGCUGUCCAAGAAUUCAUGGGAGAUUCGAUGGAAAAAGAUCGUGUCGAGAUUCGCGCCGAAGCGCGCGCUCAAAAUAUGACAGCUGUGCAAGUGCGCUCCACCAUACUUCGCACAAUGCAAACCUAUUUCAACGUGGAAUUCGGGCAGAAGGUGGAAAAUUUCCAAUUUUUCCCGCCAAAAUUCGAAUUUUCAAAUUUUUCCAGGUUAUGGACACUGUAAAAUACUCAAUGACCGAAGAAGAUUGGAAAGUUGCCACAGAAGAUGCGGCUGAUUAUUUGACAAUCACCAAUUUUGACUUGACAUAUUGA